AAUUCCAUAGUUUUUAAACAACUUGAUAGUAAAGAUUAAAAUAUCUAGUCUUUCUUUGUCCUUUAUUUGUUUUCUUAAAGCAAAAAAGUCUCAAAAGACAACUAUACCCUCCUUCCAAUGGACUAACACCACUCAAAUUCCUGUUUUUCUAACAACUUUACAAUUACCUCCAAAUUUGUAACAAAAACAAGGGGUACUCACAAAACAAACACACAAUCAUUGAAGUUAAACAAUAGAUAAAAAAAUGGGUGAACAAUCAUUUUAGUCUCAAUAUGUCCUUAGUUAAUUAGUUUAGUUUUUAAAUGUGGUUUUUUUUAAUCAAUUUAAUAGAUAAAAUUACAAAAACAAACAAGACUUGAAAUGUGUUUGUAAUUUUGAUAUAUUAAAAAAUUAUAGUGAUAACAUCUCACGUUCGCGAGAUCAGAUCCUCUCGAGUGUACUUUUUUACUAGAGAUUGUUCGGUGUACAUAAUGACCCUUACACAAAAUAAUAGAUAAUCAAUGGUUGUAAUUUAACUGCGCAUAAAUUGCAAUGGAUAGGAUCCACUCUCCACACAUUCACAUAUCAAAAUAGUUGCUUGCCCAUAUUAAAAAAUCCCUCUGUUUUCACUAUUUAUUUUCCUACUAAACUUCCCUUUGUUUUGGUUCUACUAAAUUCCACCUCAUAUAUUAUAUGUGUUCCAAACUUUUUCUUAGAAUAAAUGUCCCCUAUCAUAUUAAUCUUUUAUCCAACUUAAACUCACUUCUUCUUCUCUACUUCAAAAAAAUUCCUUAACUUAGAGAGAGAAAGAAAUCUCUCAAGAGAAAAUGGCAGCUUGUACUGUCUACUCAACACAAUCUCUAAGAACAAACAUCUCAAUUCCAACAUCAUCAUCAAAAACACAUGUUGGAUUUAAUCAAAAACAAGUAGUCUUCUACACAAAAAGCAACAACAAAAGACUUAACAACACCAGCAGAUAUUUGAUAACAUGUAAAGCAAGUGAUUCACAAACAAUUGUGAUUGGUUUAGCAGCUGAUUCUGGCUGUGGAAAAAGCACUUUUAUGAGAAGACUCACAAGUGUUUUUGGUGGAGCAGCAGAACCACCAAAAGGUGGUAAUCCUGAUUCAAACACACUUAUCAGUGACACAACUACUGUUAUAUGUUUGGAUGAUUAUCAUUCUUUGGAUAGAACUGGUAGAAAAGAGAAAGGUGUCACGGCACUUGAUCCAAGAGCUAAUGAUUUUGAUCUUAUGUAUGAACAAGUUAAAGCUAUUAAAGAUGGAAUUUCUGUUCAAAAACCUAUUUAUAAUCAUGUUACUGGUCUUUUGGAUCCUCCUGAGCUUAUUAAACCACCCAAAAUCUUGGUCAUUGAAGGUCUUCACCCAAUGUAUGACUCAAGAGUCAGAGACCUAUUGGAUUUCAGCAUCUACUUAGACAUUAGUAAUGAGGUGAAAUUUGCAUGGAAAAUUCAGAGAGACAUGGCAGAGCGUGGACACAGUCUUGAAAGUAUCAAGGCUAGUAUUGAAGCAAGAAAGCCUGAUUUUGAAGCUUAUAUUGAUCCACAAAAGCAAUAUGCAGAUGCAGUGAUAGAAGUGUUACCAACUCAACUCAUUCCUGAUGAUAAUGAGGGAAAGAUUUUAAGAGUGAGGUUGAUCCAAAAAGAGGGUGUUAAGUACUUUAGCCCAGUUUACUUGUUUGAUGAAGGUUCAACCAUUUCAUGGAUACCAUGUGGAAGGAAACUUACAUGCUCUUACCCUGGCAUUAAAUUUUUCUAUGGACCAGAAUCUUACAAAGGAAAUGAGGUGUCAGUUGUGGAAAUGGAUGGACAAUUUGACAGAUUAGAUGAACUAAUAUAUGUUGAGAGUCACUUAAGCAACUUAUCUUCAAAAUUCUAUGGAGAAGUUACUCAACAAAUGUUGAAGCAUGCUGAUUUCCCUGGUAGCAACAAUGGAACAGGUCUCUUCCAAACCAUAGUUGGUUUGAAGAUAAGAGAUUUAUUUGAGCAGAUAGUAGCAAGCAGGGCUGAGACUCCAGUAGGAGCAACAAAAGCUUAAUUAGGAACAAUCUGCCUUAUAUUUAUACAUAAUAUUGGACAAAGGCAGUAAUUGAAUUCUAUUCUAAAAUCAUUUUCUUAUUUUUGUGUUUUCCACAAUUUAUGUAUUGUAUGUUAUUUUGUCUAUGAAAAUACUCUGCAUGUAUUUAUUUAUGUAAUGUAAUAUUUUGUAAGUUAUAAUAUAGAGGAGAAAAAGCAGGGCUGAGAUUUUUCAGCUAUGUUGAUAAAAAGAUUGGAACAAUUUGACAUCA